AUGCCGCGGCUAGCGUUCCUCGCCGUCCUGAGCGCGGCGUACAUUGCUUGGGGAACAGUGCAGAGCGUCACCAUCAAGUGGGCUGACACACUCACCGCCACUGACCGCUUCCAUCAAUACACAUAUUCCUUCGCUCACCCAUUUGUGCAGGCACUCGUCAUGUUUUUCUCAGAGAGUCUAUGCCUCAUCUUGCUUGGCGCACUGCUUACGGUGAAGAAGUACGUGCGCCAGCAGGCGAUUGUGAAAGGCGAGGACGUUGCGCUGCCGAACAACCCCAUCGUGUGGAUGCUUCCUGCCGGUGCCGACUUUGUGGCCUCCAUCAUGCAGAACGCGGGGCUGACUCUGACCUAUGUGUCUGUGUACCAGAUGCUGCGCGGCGCGGUGGUAGUAUUUAUCACCUUGCUCUCGCUCGUGUGGCUGCGCCGCCGCUUCACGCGACAGGAGUACUUUGGCGUGUUGCUUGUGACUGUUGGCCUCACUCUCGUCGGCCUCAGCUCUGUUCUCCGUCACUCGGCGUCGACAGGGGCGGCGGAGAGCGCCAACCGCAACCCGUUUCUUGGCGGCCUCCUCAUCGUGGUGGCACAGGUCAUGCACGCGUACCAGGGCGUGUGCGAGGAGCGCCUUGUCAAACUGUACCGCGUCCCGCCGCUGCAGAUGGUUGGCACGGAGGGCGCUUACGGCGUCGGUAUGGCACUCAUGCUGCUGGCGCUGCUGCAGCUCGUUCCGUUGGAGCCGUUUUAUCACAAUGUCAUUGACCCCCCUGAGAACGAUGGGGAUAUUGCAAAUAUGACAGCGACGCUGCGUGUCCCGUACGACGAUGUUAUCCUGGCGUUUGAUCAGAUGCGGGAGUGCACCCCUUGCCUCCUCUCAAUGGGGUUGUACGUUCUUGGUGGAUUCUUCUACAAUGUGUGCCAGGUGACAAUAAUCAAACAUUUUUCAGCUGCAGCGUGCGUCAUGGUGGGAUCACUGAGGAACGUAACAGUGUGGGCCGUGGCCCUCGCACUUCCUUCCAUAUUUGAGGAGCACUUUAGCGCCCUGCAAUUGUUGGGUUUUUGCUUCCUCGUGGCUGGCAACGUGAUGUUCCAGCAUGUUAUUCCUGAUGCGUGGUGGCGCUGCUGCUAUCCGUCCAUGCUGGCAGAAGACGUGGCGGUGGAGAGUGUGCAGGAGGGCGCGGCCCGCACGAAGACACAAGUGGGCGACGGCGCGUAA